AUGGAAGACUCGAAAGUCCGACGAGAAGUGUCGCCCGCUUCUUACCAAUAUCAACCCCUCGAAGUCCAGUUCAAGUCAGAGCAGAUUCUUCAGCACACCGAUACUGCUACGACCAAAGACUCGUAUCUCGCACCCCGAGAGUUUACAGAACCUAGGUCAAGCAAGACAUCCUGCUCUGGUGACGGAUUUCACGAGACAACUGGAACAUAUACGGAUACAGGUAGUCACGUCGAUCUUCGGUAUGUCUUACCUGCAGCAAGCCUGAUAUGUCUGGUCUCUGUCGUACCUUUGAUAGUGUACGCUGCUACACACAAACGAAUGGCUCGCAUCACGUACACGAACAAGAACGACAUGUAUGACUGCUCUGCACCGGGUGAUCUGGGUAAGACUGUUAUCACCACCACGUUCGAGAAACAGGCGCCUGAGCUGACUACUAUAGCCAUCAACCUCUUUGUUUUCGACAAGAUCUCCUUCGCUGCAGCAAAAGCCAUCGAUCUGGCGUGGAACAUGCUCGCAGGCCGCGGUUUCCAAGCUCUGGCCGCUUUCAUCUGCUACCGCCUAUUCACAGGGAUAUUGUAUCUGCUGAUAGAGCGGCAGAGUGUCUCGGCAGAGACCUUCUCAGCUCUUGCUUUUUCUACCACGAGUUUGUGGAGUUGCGGACCCAUCGUCAAGACGAUGCAUCGUGGCAAGAUAGGCUCAUUCAACAUGUUCGCUGUCGUGUGGAUACUCUUGUCAAUUGUGUAUCUGCUAUUCAUUGUGACGAUGGCCGAUCUGAUGACUGGCUAUGUGACGGGCCAGACGACAUGGGUAAGCGUGUUCAGCUNNCAAGUUCCGAAUGGUACUAUGAUGGAAACAGAUACCGGCAACUGGACUGCGCAGGUGAACAUGCUCUGGACUUUGACCAAAGACAAACCUCCUGAGAAUGUCACGAUGCCAAACAACACUACAAUCUCGCCAGAUUGGGAUUCAACACUGAUGCCAACAGCAAUAGUGCCCUCGUCACCCAAUAGCAAGAAUGGCACUAUGCUCUUCGAGGAGUGCCUGAACGUUGACGAAAUGGGUUUGUUCUACGCGGACGCCUACUUUGACCCGGAAUCUGGUAGCGAAGGUUCUUGGUUUGCAUCUGGUGACUAUCGAGGCACAGAUCCUUCGCGCCAACAUCUUCUCACCCAAUACCCUGCCGCGUCGUGUCUAAAUCGCUAUUUGAUGGGGAUCCAAGACCUCUUCCAACGGCCGAAUUACACUCCCAACAUGACGUGGUGGACAGACGAGAAUAACUUUCGAUGUCUCCCUUCGACGGAUUAUGCAUGGGGCUUCUCGUAUCAGUAUACAAUCCUCCUGACCUCCAUCAACAGCAUUUGGCUGCUCGUUACCGCAGCGCUGUGGCUUUACGUCGAAAGAAAGAGCCAAACUUUGCAGAAACGUGGUAUCAUGGGCACUUGGCGUGCAGUACUCGAUCUGGCGUCGGCUCUGCAAUACAGUCUCGGUCAUGAUACCGGAGGAUAUACUGAAGCGGAACUCGAGAAGGCAGUCCAAAAGCUACAGCCUCUGACUUACGAUGUACAUACAGAUGAUACGGAGGGGACGGAGAGAAUUGUAUUGAGGGAACGUGAUGGAAACGACGAGUGGCAAAAGAAGAGGUUUACAUUGAGGUGGAAGACGAAGUACUGUUGA